UACUUUGAAGCAAGAUAUCAGAAUGAUAACAUUCUAAUUGCAAACGAAUAAUUUCUUUGUGGCAGUAAUCCCAAUGAAACGAGUCAUCUAGAUUUUUAAGUCAAUGUGAUUCAAUCCCCUAGAUUGUGAAUUUCCUUUAAUAUAACAGACGCAUCCUAUUAUCUAAUUGAAAUCCAGAUGGUACCAGGUUUGGAGACCCGCUGCGGCCUUGGGGGUCCUGUUGUCGGGCUCGCUGCUAUUAUUCAGUUUAAAUGUGGUACCCAAGUAGUACACAACAUGAAGUAUUUUAUGAUAGUUCUUGUAUUUAGUGGCCUUGUUAAAUUUGGCUCCACAAUAAUGUGCUACGAAUGUAACAGUGCUACGAACAGUCUGUGCCUGCAGACUAUUCCUCCUGACACCUUAAAGAGAAAUUGCUCCAUACACGACAAGGGCGUGAUCCACACAAUGUGCAGGAAGAUCAUCCAGCACGUCGACGUGCCUCUGAACGGAAAGUAUCCAGAAAGUAGGGUGAUCAGGACUUGUGGCUGGGACGAGAGCAAAUUCAAAAAUGUAUGCUACCACCGCGCAGGAUACGGCGGAAGGCAAGAAGUAUGUUCCUGUCACACCGACUAUUGCAACAGCGCUCAAGGACAUCGAAUCACUAAGAUACUACUGUCUACUGUGUUAUUGAUAACGAGCGUGAAGAUAUGUUACUGAAAUUCGUCUAAUACUGAUUUAUCAUAAAGGGCAUUAAUUGUUCCAAAUUUAUUAAAAGAGCUUUUUUUUAUGGUGAGAAAUCUUUCUGUUACCCACACUGUCGAGUUAAUAAAUAAAAUAAAAAUGUGACUAAUUUUCUUUUUUAAUUAUCUAUUGUAAACAUUAACAUUUAACUCCUUUGAGAAACAUAUUUUUAAAUUAAUAAAAUCGUUAUUACAAGCAGGGGACAUUCCCCAAUGCUGAAAUGAGAAUAAUGUACCUAAUAGCUCACAGUAAAAAGAACACCGGAU